AUUCACAUGCACACGCUGUUAUUUGAAAAAGUAAAAAAUGAGGCAAGUAUUAUUGCACGUGGUCAUGCAAUCACUUAUUUUCUCCUCAAUAUUACUCGUUAGCGCAAACGCUGCAACUAAUACACAUUUUGAGGCCAUCUACCAAUUUGGUGACUCCCUAUCCGACACCGGCAACUUCGUUAGGGAGCCUACCGGAGGAAACUCCGCCUACAAUAAACUCCCUUACGGCCAAACCAUAAAACACCCAACGGGUCGUGCAUCCGAUGGGCUUCUUAUUGUGGAUUACAUUGCAAUGUACUUCCAUCUACCUCAAUUGAACCCAUAUCUUGCCACCGGAAGUGACUUCACGCAUGGUGUGAAUUUCGCCGUAAUUGGCGCUACUGCUAAUGGUGGAGGAAAUUCUUUGGCUAAGCAACUUGGUUGGUUUAAAACUCACCUUACCUCAACCUUCCAUAAUCCAGCAGCAAUCAAAGAAAGACUCCAAAAGUCAUUAAUUCUAAUGGGAGAAAUUGGAGGCAAUGACUUCAAUGGUCCGUUCAAUGAACACAAAUCAAUACAAGAAGUAACCAAGCUUGUCCCCGGAGUUGUAAAAGCCAUCAAAGACGCGGUUGAGGAAGUGAUUGGCCUUGGGGCUGCUAAUAUUGUAGUGCCAGGAAACUUUCCAAUCGGUUGUGUGCCUAUUUACCUUGUUCAAUUCGCCACAAAUGACACCUCAAAAUAUGAUGAACUCCAAUGCCUGAAAGACUACAAUGACUUCUCAAAGUCCUACAAUCAUCAAUUGUUACAAGCAAUCCAACAAUUGCAACAAGAGCAUCCGGAUGUGGCAAUUGUUUAUGCAGACUACUAUUCUGCAUUGACUUUGACUAUUAGAAAUGCUCUAAAUUUAGGGAUCGAGCAAGAUGGUACCAAAAAGGCUUGUUGUGGAACUGGUAAUAAUCCUCACAACUUUGGCUCACAAAGUUGUGGUAGUCCAGGAUCUCUAGUGUGUCCGGACCCUAGUAAGAGGGUGAAUUGGGAUGGAGUUCAUAUGACUCAACAAGGAAACAAAGGUGUUGCAGAUGAGUUAAUAAAACAGUUUGUACCCACACUUCAAAAACAUAAUCGGUAACCUGAUAGAUGGUUAAGUUGAUCUUAGAUAAUGCAACUUAUAGAAUCUCAUAUGGUUUAAGAAGAAAUUUCAGAAAACAAUUUUCUAACAUCUAAAACCAAUCUCAUGUAUAAACUAAUAUGAAUCAUAAAGUAGUUGGAACGGGUAUACAACUAUGAAGUUGAAUCCCAAGUGUGAUUCCUAUAUUACUUCUACAGAAGCAUUAAACUAUGAUAUGAUUAAUAGGAUAUUUAAUUUUCUAACAAUUUCUUGGAAACGAUCUACAGACUUUGUAAUUUCUAUGUAAUGGUUUUAUACCGUUUCUCGAAUUAAUGAAAUACAAAACUCUUUUUCCUUGUAAAGUUAACACUUACAAGUACAUAGUACAA